AUGUUGAACAUGCCGGCUUAUUUGAUGUCCAAGCGGACAAUGUUCAACGUGGCGAAAAAAUUAGGCAUAGAUUUGGUCGAAUUAUUGGCAAUCUGGGCGUUUUGCUUCUGGGACGUAGGUUUUUUCAAAGCGUCAUUUCACAUUUUACUUUGGAUUCGCAGGCCUCUUAGAACAAAAUGAGACAAGCGAGGCAAUUUCAAGAAGAAUCCGGGAACGUAUAAUGUACGAGGUCUUGACCUAUUACAACUCGAAAGGUCUCGAAAAUAGCUCAAAUCGAUUGGGCAACCUUCUUUUCUUGGUUCGAGACUCAGUGGUAAUAUUGAGCUACUGGAAAUCCAACUCGAAAGGAAUUUUUCAGAAAACCGCUGAAAUCGUCAAGGAAAACUUCGAGAUCAGGCAGUUAUUUGGUCUGAAUACGAUCAAUGGAUCUGUUUGCAAUCUUUUCAGGAGCACUCGUUGAUGGAAUUUUUGAAUCUUUGAUUCUUUAUCACUUUAAUUUUGUGGUCGCAAGUGGAAUGGAUUGAAGAUUUGGUCGUUUGGAUCGUUUUGAAGUGCGACUCAGAAUGACUUUUGAAGCGGCUGUCUGAUUUGUUGACAGAUCGAAUUCAAGACAUCGCUUUGAGCUUGAGCCAUUUCACGUGCGGCCACGGCAUUUUGGUUUCGACUGUGAUACCUAGGAAAAUUUGCUUUAACUUUUUUUUUUCUCAAAUUGGAGGUUUUUCAUCAGAGCUAAUAAAUCUAGGAAAAAUAAAAUAAUAUUUUUUUCCAAUCAAAUAACCCCAUCUUGAUUAUGUUUCCAACCUCGCUGUCCUCAUCCUGAUUUCCUGUUUUACUUGUCACAAACCAUGAGAUUUCUUGUUAGUUUAUCGUUUCAAACUUUUAUGGUAGCUGAAUCUAUUGUUUCUUUGCUGCACGCAUAUCAUGUAUUUAAAAUGCUUUCCGUCGAUUAAAAAAAUAAAUAAUUUAUUUCUUUUUUUCAAUUUGGAUUAUUUGAAAGGUACCUGAUACCUUAUCAACUCUAUCUGACCACUUUAAAAUUUGUUCGAAUCUCUUUUUACUGGAGAUCGUCGUCCCAGUUGAUAUCACUAAUGGAGGUUUCAAAAUACUGUUUUAGGGAUGCCGAAAGAAGACAUGAAUGAACUGAUCUGUGCAAUCUGCAGCCAUACAAGCGACGGAUUCCAUUUCGGGGCCACUGCCUGUCGAGCCUGCGCCGCAUUUUUCCGCAGAACCGUCGCAGAUGGCCGUGUUUAUAGCUGCCGCGGCUUGUCAACUUGCAAUGUUCAGUGGGGUUCGUUUCUUAUUUUUUGAUUUGUUUCUGAACUUGAAAGUCUCAAAGUAUGCUCAAAUAAUUCAAAACACUCAAAAGACUGAGAUUUGGGCUCACAGGUUGCAUGUGUGCAGAACUUUCUCUAAAUUUUCGAAAAUUAUUUUGAUAUCUCAAUGCAUUGAUAUUAAUCCCAAGAUUUAUUCAGAGGGCUGAAUAAGAAAUUUCACACAGUUUUGAGAGAAAAUAGGUAUUCAGGGGAUCGAUGCAUGUGCAAGGCGUGCCGCUAUCAGAAGUGCCUGGAUAUGGGGAUGAGGAAGACAGGUUUUCUUGGAUUUUUGGAAGAUGAAACCCUCUUUCAGCUGUUUUGAAAGGCAGCACUUGUCCGGAUUAUUCUCCUAGAGAAGUUUCAUCAACUCCGUCGACUUCCUAUUCGCCAGAAAUUCAACAGAGCCAUGAGGUUUUUUCUACUUUUCGAAACAAAAUAGGCUCUCAGUUUUCUUUUCUAUAGUCUGCUUGAACAAAAAAAAAGAUUCAGUGUUAUAAAAAUAAAAUUUUGUUAGGAGCCUAUUGAGGCCCAGAACUUUUUUCAGCGGUCUUUGCAACAAACCCCGUUCACUCUCAACCCAACAACCACGCCAAUCUUGCACAAACUGCUCGGCAACUACGAAGCCCUGAAAAGUGUUCGAAAAAUGGUCUACUCCAAAGACGGCGAAGCUCUAUUCGAUGUGAUCAAUUUUUCCGAUUUUCCAUAAUUUAAAAAUUUCAGAAUGUCGAGAGAGUUCCAAGAGCCGUUCCUCGCGAUGAAGUGAAUGAAAUUCAAUCAAAAGAUGUCCAGCUCCAACUCCACUUUCUGGUCAGCUCAUUUCCGGAACUCAACUCUCUUGAAGGACCGCAAAAGGUUAUCUCAAGGUUUCGACUUUUAUAAAAAAAAAAACAUUGUUUCAGAAACUGUUGUUUAAAAACUACUUCUUCCUUUCGAGAAUCAUCGAAGCAGCAUAUGAAAGUGUGGCCAAAGGUUUUGUAUCAUUGACAAGAGACAAAAAUCAGAAUUUUUGAAAUAUGGCAGUAAAGUGCAGAAAUUGUAGUUUUUGCUCUUAAAAAAAUAUGGGAGAAUUUUGACACCCUAGAAAUCUUGGAAACUCUUUCUUUCGCCCAAUUGAAUGACCGCAUAUUUUAUAGCAUUCUGAAUUAGUUGAAAAACGGAUUGACGUAUCUUCGUUUAAAAUGCGGCAACUUUUCAGCAAUUCACAACCCUGAGCCCUUUUCCGCCUUUUUUGAAAGUUCAUUUGAACAUUUUGAUAAAUUUUCAAUACAGGGCAUGAAGAACGAUUCUAUCUUGCAAGCGGAGACUUUAUCCAAUGUGAUAGGCCCUUGACUGAAGGUUUGACCGAGGAGCGAGCUGAGAAAGAAAAGCAAAGUUUCAGGUUUGAAAUAUUUCAUAUUAACUCCCAUAACAUAUUCUCCUUUCAGAUUAUUCAUUCCCGGCGAUGAAAUCUUCAGGAAAACAAUCUUGAGCUCAAUGAAAUACCAUAGGAUGGAUUUGGUGGAGCUGGUGGCCACUUUUUUCCUUUGCUUUUUUUGGGAUGCAGGUUUUAUUUUUUUUAACUCCAUGAAAUAAUUUUUUUUUUGCAGGAAUACAAGGCCAAACAGUGGAAUGUGAGGAGAAAUGCCGGCAGUUUAGAGACGCCGUUAUGCGGGAACUUCUUCAAUAUUACAAAGAGAUUGGAGUUCCUUUCCCUGAAGUUCGACUGGGAAACCUCAUAUUCUUGACCAGGGAUGCCACGGUGAACUUGAAACUUGAAAAAUUAAUCUUACAGAUCCUUAUUUUUCAGAAAACGAUGCACAAGUGUCAAGAGAGCUUCGAUGUCGCUGAGAUUUUACAACUGACGGUAUUGAGUGGAACCCUGUAUAACCUCUUGAGUUCUUUUGGACAUUUGUGA